GCCUGCAAAGAUGGCAGCCGCGCCUUCGUCGGAUUCCGACAGCGGCAAAGCUGAGAGCAAUGAGGCCAGUUCGAAAUGGCUGGAUGCGCACUACGACCCCAUGGCCAACAUCCACACCUUUUCCGCCUGCCUGGCGCUGGCAGAUUUGCAUGGGGACGGGGAGUACAAGCUGGUGGUGGGGGACCUUGGCCCAAGUGGGCGGCAGUCCCGUCUGAAGGUGCUCAAAGGACCCAGAGUACUGACCGAAAGCCCACUACCUGCACUACCAGCCGCUGCUGCCACCUUCCUCAUGGAUCAGCACGAGCCCCGGACACCGGCUCUGGCACUGGCUUCGGGCCCUUGUGUUUACGUGUACAAGAAUCUCAGGCCCUACUUCAAGUUCACCCUGCCCCAGUUGCCUUUAAACACCCUGGAAUGUGAUCUCUGGAACCAGGCCAAGGAGGACCGGAUCGACCCCUCGACCCUGAAGGAGAUGCUGGAAGGCAUCCGGGAGAAGGCAGAGGUGCCUCUGUCUGUGCAGUCGCUCAGGUUUCUGCAGCUGGAGCGGAGUGACAUGGAGGCAUUUGUGAGCCAGCACAAGUCCAAGAUCCUCAAACGUCAGACCGUCAUCACCGCCAUGACCACCUUAAAGAGAAACCUGGCUGAUGAGGAUGCCGUGUCCUGCCUGGUGCUGGGCACUGAGAGCAAGGAGCUCCUGGUGCUGGACCCGGAAGCCUUCACCGUUUUGGCCAAGAUGAGCCUGCCCAGUGUCCCCGUCUUCCUGGAGGUUUCCGGCCAGUUCGAUGUAGAGUUCCGGCUCGCCGCUGCCUGCCGCAAUGGGCACGUCUAUAUCCUGAGAAGAGACUCCAAGUGCCCCAAGUACUGCAUCGAGCUGAGCGCCCAGCCUGUGGGGCUCGUCCGGGUCCACAAGGUCCUGGUGGUGGGCAGCACCCAAGAUAGCCUGCAUGGCUUCACCCACAAGGGUAAGAAGCUGUGGACAGUGCAGAUGCCCGCGGCCAUCCUGACCAUGAACCUCAUGGAGCAGCGCUCUCGGGGCCUGCAGGCCGUCAUGGCUGGGCUAGCCAAUGGAGAGGUCCGCAUUUACCGUGACAAGGCCCUGCUCGAUGUCAUCUGCACCCCGGAAGCAGUGACCAGCCUUUGCUUUGGCCGCUACGGGCGGGAAGAUAACACCCUCGUCAUGACCACACGAGGCGGUGGACUGAUUAUCAAGAUCCUGAAGCGCACAGCCGUGUUUGCGGAGGGGGGAGGUGAGGUGGGCCCGCCACCGGCCCAGGCCACGAAACUCAAUGUGCCCCGAAAGACCCGGCUUUAUGUGGACCAGACACUGCGAGAGCGGGAGGCCGGCACCGCCAUGCACCGAACCUUCCAAACCGACCUCUACCUGCUGCGCCUCCGGGCCGCCCGCGCCUACGUGCAGGCCCUCGAGUCCAGCCUGAGCCCUGUGUCUGCCACAGCCCGGGAGCCACUCAAGCUACACGCUGUGGUUCAGGGCCUGGGCCCCACCUUCAAGCUCACACUGCACCUGCAGAACACCUCGACAGCCCGCCCCCUGCUGGGGCUGCUGGCCUGCUUCCUGUACGACGAGGCGCUCUAUGCCCUGCCCCGGGCCUUCUUCAAGAUCCCCUUGCUGGUGCCCGGGCUCAGCUACCCCCUGGAGACCUUUGUGGAGAGUCUCAGUGACAAGGGCAUCUCAGACGUCAUCAAGGUGCUGGUGCUUCGAGAAGGCCAGAGUGCACCCCUGCUGAGCGUCCACAUCAACAUGCCUGUGAGCGAGGGGCUGGCAGCUGCCUGACCCCCGGGCUGCUGUUAAAGCCCCUUCCGAAUCAGGACCAGGAAGAUCCAGCCCCUUCCACGAGCUGGGCAAGUCAGUGGCCCAGGACCACUCCCUGCACAGCAGGGGGCGGGGGCCACAGCUUCCCUCUGCCCUCCUGAGCGCCCCUUUCUCACCACCUCAACCGUGGGGUGACACAGCAGGUCAGCACGUACCCAGGAGGUCCAGCUCCUCUCUUCUCAGGAGGAGGCAGGCGUUGGCCCGCUGGCUCCUGCCACUCUGUGCUCCCCACCUUCCUCCAGAAGCCACACCCUGGUCCAGAGGAAGCGCUCCGAAGCGGUCAAGGUGAGACGAGGGGCAGAGGCCCAGCCUUCUCCUUUGCCGCUCUCCUGUCGCUCGUUGCUGCCAGCCCAGGCCGGAGUUGGCCAGGGCCUGACCUGGGACAGUCAGGGCUUUUCUGGGGUGAGACUGAGCACUUGCUGCUCCCCAAGGUUCCAGAGGCUUGGCUGCUGCCAGUUCAGCUUGCAAGCAAAACACAUGCUCUGAUCUCCCCUCAUGAGCUGAGGAGGGGCUCUUCUUCCUAUUCAGGGGGCCCAGAGAACAGCUGCCUUACCACACGGGGCUUUUCUGAAAUAUUGGGCUCCAAGUCUCAGGCCUGCGAGGCUCUGACGAGGGCAUAGGGCGCCUGUGCAGGGAGCUAGUGACCCCAGCCCCUGCCAGGCUCCCGAAGGCCACACAGCCACUGAUGCCGACUGGGGUGCUUGGGGCCCAAAUGGGCCUCUGGGAGAGGAAGGCUCAGCUAGACAGGCAGCGUGUGAGGGAGCACAGCAGGAACAUUUCUGAGGCCCAGGGGAGGUGGCACAGGAGGCAGAAGCCCAGAACUGCCAGCCAAGAUGCGCUUCUACACCCUGGAGCCCAGAGCAGUCGUGUGAGUGCAAAGUUCACCUGGCAGUGGCUCUGGUGGGAGGGAAUUAGCUGGAAAGGUACGGACCAGAGGCCUGAGGGAGGCCGAAGACCAGUCAAGGCACCUGGUUAGGCUACAAGGGCCAGAGCCCCACAGCUGCGGCCAGUCUGCCUGGCCCACCUCACAGCACCCUGGUGGGCCUCCUGCGAGCCAGGAGCCCUGCUCCCGGACGACCUGUAGCUUCCCCUCUCCGGCCAGGAGCAGCCUGGUGUGUGGCAACAGCUCAGGCUUGCGGGAAGUAACCAAAUCCCUGGGGACUUCAGUCUCCCCAUGUGUAAAGUGGGGCGGUUAGACCAGAUUUGGCACUCACACCCUGCGAGCCUCUAGAGGCCCCUCUAGAGGAGGUGGGGAGUCGUCUCCAGAAAGGGGCACUGGACAGGAGUAGCUGCAGAGCUUCUGCCCUGGAGGCCAAGGGCCCGGGCUGACUACCACGGCCAGACAGCAGCCUCUGAGCCCAAGGCCCAGCGAGGGCCUGGGUAACAGCCCACAGCCACCCCGUCCCCCCAGGAAUGCACUCUGGGGCCAUGUUAAGAAAAACAAAGUGUCUAAACCAAAAAAGAGCCCCUCCCCCUCCCCUUAUGGUCCAGCCACUGGCGGACAUAGACCCACUGGGUGAGGCUCAGCUGGAACCAGCAGGAGGUGUGACCUGGAAAUGAAGGACAGGUAGAGGCAGUGUCACUCAGAGAGACUUGGACUUCGCGGGAAGGGCUUUCUGAGAGCUUCCCAGGCAGGAGGGGCCUGCCCUGGACGGUGUGAGCUCCUCAUCCCUGGAGCUGUGUCACUGGGGCUGGGCUGUCACCACCCGGGGUUGGAAAGUUGAGCCCCAUGACCUUAUGCUCCCUUUCACCCCAGUCACAUGAUGAAUUGGGUAAACUAGGAACGAAAACGUGGCUCUGGGUCCUGCGCACGGCUGUGAUGAGCGCCAAGAAUCCGCUCCUGUGCCCAGCACC